AUGGCUUUGAAUGCAACCAUGGUAGCAGCGCAAGUGAAUUAUCCUACGAAAGAUCCUAGUUUGGUCCCAGGCGUUGUUAUAUCUUAUGCUAUUCUUGGUGUACUAAUAGUAUUAACUAAUAGUUCUAUACUACUAAUCAUGCUUCUACGGAAACAAUCGCUUGUGCCUCAAAAUUAUUUGAUGAUUAGCCUAUUUAUUGACGAUAUCCUAUUUGCUUGUCUUUACAUUUUCCCGCGAUUUUUAAAUCCUUUUUGGAUUAGAGAUAUCCAGUACUGCGCUAUACUGCCAGCUCUUGGUCAGAUGAUUAUCGUAAAUACUAAUCUGCACUUAUGUUGGAUUAGUGUAGAAAAAUACAUAGCAAUUGGAUACCCAAGAUGGCAUAAAUUACACGUUAGGAGAGCUUUUACAUUACCUGCAAUCAUUCUUACUUGGUUUAUAUCUCUUUUAUUCGUCUGUUAUCCGUACUUCGAUUUUCGAGAUUUGGGUCCUAUUAGCUGUUUUUUGGGAGGGCCUCGAGAUAAAGAGUUUCGUUUUGAGCUUGUACUUUAUUCUUUCUUGUUCUUUAUUCCACUUAUUGCAAUGUCUAUAACAUAUACCAGAAUAUUUAUAGUUGCUAAAAGGCUUUCCAGUAAAUCUUUUCAGAAGCAUCGAUAUUCUGGAUUGGCAGAAAAUGGACGUUGUGAAGACUUAUCGAUUAACCAAGUUUAUACGAAGCAACGUGUGAAACAUCAUUAUAAAACUGCUAAAGUUCUUGGUGCUAUGGUUAGUGUCUUCUUUAUUGGUUGGUUUCCAUUCGUAUCAAUUUCUAUCGUACUUCGAUCGAUGGAUUACCAAGUUAUUCCUCAAAAUCUUUAUACAGUAGUCGGAAUUAUUCGCUAUAUAGCAUUUUCAACUUUAAUUAUUAAUCCUAUUUUAUACGGGUACUUUAUUGCCGAAGUAAGGCAGACAAUUGCUAGAGCUACGAAAUGUACCCAUAGAUCUACUGGUGCGCUUCAAGCUCCACGAAUUGAACCUCUUACAGUAGCUUUCAGAAAUGCUAUAAAUGUUAAAAAUGCUUAA